UAUAUAAACAACUAAACACACAAUUUGCAGCUGAAUUCAUUCGGAAACCCUAAAUCGUGUGCCUCCACAAUUACCACAAUUCACCAGCAACAAUGAGUUCAGGCGAAUUGGGCUGCAUCUACGCCACUUUGAUUCUCCACGAUGAUGGAAUCCCAAUCACCGCGGAGAAAAUCAGCACUUUGUUGAAGGCUGCUAAUGUCACCGUUGAAUCCUACUGGCCAAGCUUAUUCGCUAAGCUUGCUCAGAGCAAGAACGUUGAUGAUCUCGUUUUGAACUCUGGCGCUGCCGGUGGUGCCGCUGUUGUCUCAUCCGCACCUGCUGCUGGUGGUGGUGCCGCAGCAGCAGCCGCACCUGCCGUUGAGGAGAAGAAGGAAGAAGCUAAGGAAGAAAGUGACGAUGACAUGGGCUUUAGUCUGUUUGAUUAAGUUUAUAAUUAUAGUUUCUCUUAGUUUGACUAGGACUCUUAUCAAGGAGUGGCUGGAUCCAAAACUUGUUUUGUUUUAUAAAUUGUUAAUCUGAGUUUUAAGAAUUUACUAUCGCUUUUUAUUGUUGAAUUUUGGUGGAUUUUUUUGAUAUAUUUGUGACAAUCGAAUAUCUGAAUGAGAUGUUUAUUUUCUUGUUA